CCAAAUUACAAAAUCGCAGAGCACCAACUAGGGUUUUAGGGUUUUAAGGUUUUAAGGUUUUAGGCGUCAGGCUGCGUUUGUCAUAUCACUUUGCGGGAAAGAGAAGUCGGAUCAGAUAAAGAAAAAUGUUUCCCAUGUUUAUGCAGAAGCCAGACAAGGCUGAGGCUCUGAAGCAGCUGCGGAGCCAUGUCGCCAUGUUCGGGGCUUGGGUCGUCGCGAUCCGAGCCGCCCCAUAUGUUCUUCACCUCCUCUCUGGGGAAAAAGACGAGCUCAAGCUUGAAUUUUAAUGGCCAUCUCGUUCUAUGAGGUCUAGCAGUCGAGGAGUUAGACGUUAUAUGAAGACGAGUUAUUGAGUGCUACUAUCGACUGUCUGAGUUUAUUUUGAUUCAUAAUGUUUAUCUUGGAGUUGAUCAGUAUGAACCUGCAGUAGAUUAUGUUCCGGUAGCCUUUCAUUUUUGUUAGACAAUUUCUGUUUUAUUGACUGCACUUUUUGCUUGGUAUUUGAAGACGUCCUAAGUCGUCAAUAUUAUUGAAUCAAUGUACUUGCUGGUACUUCGACGUUACA